AAAACCCCUUCUUCCUGCUCGAACAGCAGCCACUACUACAACAUCACCAACUCAAGCACCCUUUAAAAAAAAACAAAGGAAAAAAAUACAACAUGUCUUCCACCGACGCUCCCGCAGGUGACGUCCAGGAUAAUUCCUACGUCAACCGUCCCGGCCAAAACGAAUACAACGUCCCCGUCGUCAAAGAUGACACAGCAGCAGCAGCCGCUACUGAAGAAGGAGGAUACACGGACGAAAGCACCGCCGAUUCGGAUGCUCAAUUAGCAAAAGACGAUCUCGACAUCGACAAAACCAACAUUCUCGAAUCGAGAACUCGUGGAGCAGCAAAGGAUCAAGGAUCUUAUACCGAGCCGGGAGAUGAAGAGGGGUUGCCUGGGCCUGAUGAGGAUGGGACGAGUCGGGGACGACAACAGUAGUAGAUUGUGGUGGUUGGAGAGACUACCGAAGUGCAGAUGACGCAGAAGAAAAUUGUUGGGUGGGUGUGGUUUCAUGGAUGGAAAUUUGAUGGUUGGAUGAUGUGAUAUGUAUGUGUAUGUGCUUGGCUAGGUAGGUAGGUAGGAAUGAGUGGAUGGGUGAAUGAACUUGGGUGCUGCAUGAAUAUCCAUCACUACCGUACCUGACCUUACCUGAUAUCAAAUCGAUCGAGUAGGUAGUUGAACUGGAUAAGGAAAUAUACUACAACUAUGUAGGUAAGAUUUCAAUGGCGUUUUCGUCAAACACAGAAAC